AUGCAGUCUGCUGAUAGAGGACAGUAUGAAGUACUGAAGGAUGAUGACGUGUCAGUUACUCCAGGGCCCUCUGGCGUACUGCAGUCAAAUACCCUACGACUCGACGAGACCCAUAAUCUGGAUGCCUUCUUCUCAAAUAUCUACCAAUACCACCAGUCGGGCGGCUUUGCUGUAAGGGCUUAAAGUUUUUUGUGGUUUUCGAUUCGUUAUGUGGAGGCGGUUUCUACUUUUUUCUUCCUUGCCAAUAUAUGCAACCAGCGCGUUGGGUUGGUGUGCCACCAGUCUCGCCGGGACGGUCUGUUUUGGGAGAUUAGUUGUUAACCACUUUAAUUAAUGGAAUUCAUUACAAAAGGCGUACUAUCUGACGCAGAUUGGCAAUGCCGCGAACGAGGAAGUAUAUGACUUAAGUUUACCCUCCGUCGAAAGAAUUACGACUAACCUGCGUAGUAUGAAAAGGGAAUUGAUAAUGUAACAGUGAAGGUCCACGUCCAUCAAAAUAUUCUAAGAAGGUCAUUUGUCGGACUGCUUUGUACUUUUUGGCUGCACUCAGCAACAUUUGGAAGUAAUAAGAGAGCAUCGUGGACAGGCUGCAUAUGCCAGACAUUUUCGAACUCCAGGCCCCCGAGCUAUGUACUGAAUUUAUUAGCGCGUUUGCAUCUGGCCUUACCUAUGUCUACAUCAGCAGUUUUCUGCCAGGUUAUGUUUAACGACGGCUAACCUUGAGAGUGCGGGUUGGGACGUCAUGAAACCUCAAAGGUAGCGGGCUGGUCAAAUCUCACACUCCCUCAGCAACAAAUGUAGUACUUGGCAGUCACUGAUCAGUAGACUCGACGCUGUUUGUGCGGUUGGGUGGAGGAGCCGUCCGGAACAACUCGAUCAAAUUUCUAAAACGAGGCAUGCGCAUACAUAGAGGGUUUUUGAAAUAGGGGUACAGCUGUCGGCGAAGAAUACCGCUGCUUUCGUUCGUCCCGUUCUCCUGAGCUUGCAGCACUCCGAACAGCGUCUUCUGACGAUUUUUUUACCGCCACCAACAAUAUCAGAGUUCCACAUACGUUGUUAGCUUGCUCAAACGACACCCCUACUCUAUUAUAUUACUCGCGCAAACUUCCUGAAAAAACUUCCUCUCCCUCGUUCCUCACAGUCCAUAAAGACGACACUAAACUUCUCCCAGAAUGCGUGCUACAUUGCGAUCGGUCUCGCUCAUUUGCACCUCAUAUGCUUAUAUGUCCUGACGGCUGUGUAAGUUUUGCACCAGGUCGCCAAAUUCACAAAUCUCUUGUAUAUUCUGAGAUUUUUUGUCAAGUUAAUUGUCUAGAAUAGUUUCCGUUAGACCACAGAAUGCGUGAGAAAUCGUGUGCUUGAUUUACAGACACCAGAAAUGUCACUCCUUCACUGAAACACCAGAAAUCUCGUUCCACUGAUUUUGACAUACAGUCCCAUCUGAUAUAGUCUCGCGAACAAUUCAGUGGCUUCCGGUUUCCCAAACACAGUUAGUCCUGUGCGCCUUCGACGAAGAUGUACGACAACUUAGUCUAAUUCCGACAUUAAAGAGUGGAAAUUUAUGCUCUGUAUAUAACCACAGAGAAAGGCCUUUAAAGGCUGCUUGGAAUUCCAAUUCCGUCUCUGAAAAUGUUUUGUAGUUUUAAUUCCUGCUCGCUGCUGCACCUGCAAAAGCACACUACAACCCUUGUACGUCGGGUCAUAAGGCACGCUAAGUUCCUCGUUUGUAUGUUGCCAGCUGCAUAGAGCUGAAGGCAAACAUUAGCUGUGUUAGACGCUGUACGUGCAUCAGUUUUCAAUCCUGUUCGAGGUGUUUUAUUCAUGCCCAUCAGCCUUUACUAACUAGCUUUUCAUGUUUAGUUAAUUUCCAAACGAAAAUAUGAGCAAGGACUCCUUACAAACUGCGGACGUAGGAAGUUCGCCUAGAGCCAAAGGCGUGCUGGUAUGCCGCCUCAUGCAUAUGAAAAGUAGUCGAGAUUGUUCUUUAACGUGCUGGCUCUUCACGGUUGAUUUCGGUGCCUUCUCCUGAUCAGAGGAAGAACUUGUACACAUUGUUCUCCACAACGUUGAGUUAACCCUCUAAGUCAUUCGAUGCUACACUUUGUUUAUUAUUAGGGCUUUUUUAUGAAGGAUUAUAUCUCCAGCGGCAUCGUGAGUCCCUAUGCCGGAUAAUGGCACUAGAUCGUGUACCGCCAAAAAUCAUCGCCAUGAUCAAGGCCUACUACCGCCCUCACCACUGCGCGAGUUCUGGUUCAUAACAAUAUUUCCCAUCCGUUCGGUAUUCGGUCUGGCGUUCGACGGGGUUGUAUCCUGUCGCCCAUCCUCUUCAACUACGCUGCUGACAGAAUUCUCGGGAGGACCCUACAUGAAGGUGACAGUGUUGAGUUUGCACCCGGACGCCGGCUGACUGACCUCGACUAUGCGGAUGACAUCGCCCGGCCAGCUUCAAGUUUUGGUGAUCUACAGUCUGUGGUGACACGGGUGAACGAGGUCGCUAAGUCGGUCGGUCUAUCCAUAGGCGUUGGGAAGACCAAAGUGCUUUCAAGCUGCACCCUUGACCAGGAGGAGGCGCCUCUCGAGAUUGGUGGUUGUCAGCUUGAAGAAGUAGUCACUUUUAAAUACAUCGAGGCGAGGCUGCUGCCGAAUGGGCAGAGUGAGGACGACAUCGUCUCCCGAACUGGUGCUGCCCGCCGAGUUUUUUCAAGCCUUAGGAAAUGCCAAUGGAUCCGACGUGACCUCUCCAUCGCCACUAAGAUUCGCGUGUACCGUGCAUCUGUCCGGUCUGUCCUGUACGGCUGUGAAUGCUGGGCUGUGCGCGUGGAGGACGAGCGAAAACUGGAGGUAUUCGACUUGAGGUAUUUACUUGAGGGCCAUCCUUCGAGUGAAGUUAACUGACUUCGUCUCAAAUGAGACAGUCCACGCUCGCUGCGAAAACAUUGCAAGGAUAACCCAGACCAUCCAAGAAAGGCGACUGAGGUGUUUCGAGCAUGUUCUUCGUCGUCCACCUCAGGAGCUCAGUCUUACUGCUGUCGAUUCGGCACCGUUGCCCCAUUGGAGGCGUCGAAGUGGGGGUCAACUCAAAACCUGUCUCGACACAGUUCGUCAGACAUGGAGGCGAUUCUUGGACCUUCGGUAUUCGGUCUCCGUCGUUGGCGAAGGGAAUGAGUUGAGCUGUCCAGAUAUGCUGCCGCGGAUCGUCACGCGUGAAGAGGUACAGUUCGGGACAUCAUGGAGGCCGGCUAGAUCAGACAUGUUCGCAGACGUACUUAGUCAGCGCCUGAUUACGUAUAGACGCCAUCAGAACCGCAUAUAACCCUUCUGAAAGUCCAGUCAACGACGUAGUUGAGCGAUCUAGGCGACAUUCUCUAGCCACAACCACGGUCUCAACGAAUGCAGGUAGAAUAAGCGACAUUACACAACCCUUUUUGAGUUGUUAGUUUAAUAACUGUCGGCUGGGUGAGUGUGAUUUGGAAGUUUCACAGAAUUGGAGCAAUCGUUAGACGACACAGUGUCCAGUUCCUUUGCGCGCCACAGAACUGGACCCUGCUGUGGGGCAAUAAAGCAAGCAGCUGUCAGUUGCCGAUGACCAUGGUGGAACUAAGAAGCGCGAGCCUGCAUAUUUGGUCGAAGCGUUGGCGUCAAACUCAAAACCUGACUGCUUUGUGUCUUAUAGUAGACCCGCGAAUCUUCAAGCUACUUAAAAUUGGUAUGCCACCGUCCUUUGCAGCGAUGUCGACAAGACCUAAUUCACUGCAUUUCUCGCACUUCAUCCUACUUCUCAAAGACUGAUACACAGUGUCUGAGUCCGAGCUAUCUCUCUGGUGGCAAUGGCCCUUCACAACACUGGUUUCAUCCUCUGUCAGCGUUCUGAUUUUCCUCAGCCUCAGUGUUGUAUCGGAGAUUUCUUCGGUAGGCCGGAUAUCACAAUAGUACGUAGGCUAGAGAACGAGAGAGAUAUCAUUGAGUGCAGGCAGCCAACUUGACAAGUUUUCGAGAGCCGUCCACGAAAGCGCUACUUCCACCCAACUUUUCCUGCAUUGUUGGUUGGUUUUGUCGUCAUUGGACGGAAAACGUUAUCGUUGCAGCAUCCAACCCGUGUUAUCUUGCAUUAAUUCCGUCACUGUGGUGCCUCUGAGCCUGUCAGCGAGCUGUCCCAGUUGCUUUUUUAACUGAUGGCUUCAUUGAUGACCUGUUAGUGCCGAUUUUUCCUCCUUUCUGACUGGUCGGAGCUUUGACUGUGUGGUUCUAUCGUGACUUUGCGACAUGCAGGCACGUGGCAUGAGCCGUGUUAGGCGUGGAGGAGGCUCGAGAUUUCAGGUGCAUGAAGACAAAACCAUGAUCCGAUCCGUCGGCAUCUUAUUGACAAACAGUCGACUGCGUUCAGUGGAACUCAACAGUCUUCGAUUUGAUAAGGGAGCCCAAAACGACUGACCCGGUAGCUGUUGGAAGAGACAUCUGACCCAGUCUAGGACAUUUGCUUUCGGGUGAAAAAGAUAUCGCUAGACCCUUCGGACAUCUAAAUAGCUUGUUAGGUGCUCUGAUUGUGGCUUAUUCUCGGUGUGGAUUUUGCUGCGCUCGAAUGAGUUAGUCGCUUUUUGGAUGAAUACCAAGGUCGAAGGUUCUGACGCACAGUGUAGACUUCUUGAGAUGUCUACUCUAAGACCCUAUGGCUGGCAGAAGCUGUCAGCCAGUUUUUCCCGCUUUACACAGUUUUGCUCAUUUUCAAUUGGCUUGUUAAAAUUUCAGCCACAAUUUCCACCCGAGUUCCAGCCUCAUGUAGGAGAUGUUGGAGGCAGGCUCUGUAGGGCGAAGGGAUAGCCACUUUUAUGCAACUUUCAGAUCUCCGUUUCACAAACUAGUAGUUCGUUGACUUGGGUGCGCAGAAUUGCCAAUAGAAGCGAAGAGACGAGUCCCAGGAAGCAGUCUUGAAGAAGUCUUGUCCCAGCGAUCGUGUCUCCUUCUUCAAGGUGCGCAGAAUGCCGUCCAGCACCCAGUCAUACACUUGCUUCACACUGAGUCAUUUUAGCAGACGUGACCCUUUUGGUAGCGCCCACAUUCUUGUUUAUCAAGCUGCCAUCGCCAUCCACUUUCUGCACAAACGUAAUUGUUCAGUGGUCUUUUCUUCCACAUUCUGAAAAUUUUUCCAGUUGUCUUAUCAGUCUUCAUAACUGCUCUCAGCCUUCGGAAAUCUCGGAGGAGUACUACGUCUACAGUUUAAUUCGCAGACUUGGGUCAUCAAAGGUUCCGUUUUCAGUUUCCAUUUACCGUUGUGCUAGGCAGACAUUUCACCACUUUUUGAUUUCAUAGUCUGCUAUUUUCAGUUCAAACUAACUACCGACUUCAGUCAAACUGGGCUAAUUAGGUAGCUAUCCUCCCUCAUCGGUACGCGUUGAACAUGCGAUCAUUGAAACGGUGGUUGUAUUAACUUGUCAAACGUUCACACCGUCUUCUGAUGAAAAACAAAAUUAGAUUGUCUGACACAGUUUGGUGCCGCUCGCGAACUCACAUCUCAAGCCCGAGAGGCAGGGAGGGAGGGUGAGUUAACUCACUGUGAGCCACUGAACUCUCAAGCUUCAUUGACUAGCGACCCUGUCAAGUCUAGUGCCUUCUUCACCUCCGUAACGCACUCGCCCCUCGUCUAUAUUCGCCACUCUCUCUCUCCCUCUCUCUCUGUGAAGCAAGCACGGACUAAUGGGCGCCAGUCUGGGCCUUCUGAGGCUUCUGGCCGGUUGCGAUAGAAAUGGUUCGUCCCUGAUUGCCACUGACAUUUACUCUUUUCUCUUGUUUACGGAAAAUUAAGUGGGAAGAGGAGCCGUACAUGCACGCAACUUUUUUCUCUUUUGAAACAGCAAGCGAAUGUUUACUAACUACGUGACCCCUAAAGUAGCCUCAAUUAAUCGGGCAGACUGGUUCCUUGAAGUUUCUAUAGGCUUGAAAUUCCCGCUGAUGAGUUCUCCCCGCCAACUUACUUGUACUUGAUACGGUUGCGAUCAUGCCUGAUCUAGCCGACCUCGAUGAUGUCCCGAACUGUACUUCUCCACGCAUGACGAUCCGCGGCUGCAGAUCUGGACACCUCAACCCAUUCCCUUCGCCAACGACGUAGACCGAAUACCGAAGGUCCAAGAAGCACCUCCAUGUCUUGACGAACUGUGUCGAGCCAGGUUUUGAACUGACCCCCUCUUCGACGCCUCCAAUGGGGCAACGGUGCCGGAUCAAGGGCAGUAACACUAAGCUCCUGAGGUGGACGACGAAGAACAUGCCCGAAACACCUCAGUCGUCUUUCUUGGUUGGCCUGAGUUAUCGUGGCAAUGUUGUCGCAGCGAGCGCGGGCUGUCUCAUUUGAGACGAAGUCGGUGAACUUCACUCGAAGGAUGGUCCUCAAGCAGUGGUGGUCAAAUACCUCCAGUUUUUGGUCGUCUUCCACGCGCAAAGCCCAGCAUUCACUACCGUAGAGAAGGACAGACCGGACAGAUGCACGGUACACGCGAAUCUUAUUGGCGAUGGCGAGGUCACGUCGGUUUCAUAGGCAUUUCCGAAGGCUUGAGAAAACCCAGCGGGCAGCAUCAAUUUGGGAGACAAUGUCGUCCUUACUCUGUCCACUAGACAGCAGCCUCGCCCCGGGGUAUUUAAAACUGUCUACUUCUUCAAGUUGACAGCCAUCAAUCCCGAGGGGUGCCUUCUCCUGGUCAGGGAUGCAGCUUGAAAACACUUUGGUCUUCCUAGCGUCUAUGGAUAAACCGAUCGAUUAAGUGGCCUCGUUCACCCGCCAAACGAUUUUCCUUCGACGCAGUUGUUGCGCCGCUGUUCUUCUGCUAUUCUGUAACAGCUAGUUGCUUCAGGCGAGAUUGCGCAACCCUGCAGGAUUAAACGUGCUAACCAGUUAGGGUUGCACCAUUUCCAGAAGCUGGCCUUGCCUAUUCGCCAGUACUCUGCGCUCCAUCGUUGUGUAGGCCAGGAUUGUUGAAUCACCACCUCGCAUCGACAUCGUGUCGUUAGACUCUGCUCGUCUGGUGCUAUGCGCCCUCCCUCCCGCCCCGCUAAUUCUUAGUACUGCGUGGAUCUGUGUAUCAUGCCACCUGACUUUAUCGCUUAAGGAAGUUUUUUCUGAUGGCUGUGUUGAAUCUGCGACCCUGUCAAGUCUAUUACCUUCGUCUCCGUGACGCACUCGCCCCUCACCUUUAUUCGCCACUUCCUCUGUGAAGCAAGCACAGGCAAGUGGACGCCAGUCUGGGCCUUCUGAGGCUUCUGGCCGGUUGCGAUAGAAAUGGUUCUUCCCUGGUUGCAGCUGACAUUUACUCUUUCCUCUUGUUUACGGGAAAUUAAGUGGGAAGAGGAGCCGUACAUGCACGCAACUUUUUUUCCUUUUUUGUAACAGCAAGCGAACGUUUACUAACUACCUGACCCCUAAAGUAGCCUCAAUUAAUCGGGCAGACUGGUUCCUUGAAGUUUGUAGAGGCUUGAAAUUUCCAGUGAUGAGUUCUCCCUGCCAGACGAUUUUUCUUCGAUGUAGUUGUUGCAUCGCUGUUUUUCUGCUAUUGUCUAACAGCCAGCUGCUUCAGGCGAGAUUGCGCAACCCUGCAGGAUUGAACUGGUUAGGGUUGCACCACUCCCAAAGGCAGGCAUCUGCAAGCCUUACCUAUUCGCCUCUACUCUGUGCUCCAGCGUUGUGUAGGCUAGGAUUGUUGAAUCACCGCCUCGCAUCGACAUCGUGUCGCUAGACUCGGCUCGUCUGGUGGUGCUGCUCUCCCGCCCUGCUAAUUCUUAGUACUGCGUGGAUCCGUGUAUCAUGCCAUCUGACUUCAUUGCUUAAGGAAGUCCUUCUGAUGGCUGUGUUGACUCUGCGACUCGGAUUUUUUUUCUACUACAGUGCAUUGUUGAACGAAAAGUGCGCAGCAUACCCCAAAUGACAGAAGGCCCUUACUGCUGUUAUGCAGCUCUAGCGGCCAUCCGCGCGUACACCGCCGUCACGGGAGAUGUGUUUUUUUCUUCUUGCUAGUCUGACGAACGCACGCACAGGCCUCGUCGUUUGCUGACGCGUGACGAGGGUGAAUUGCGUUGGAGGCGUAGUUUAGCGUAAUCUUGCUCGACUGAUUCGUUAAUUUUAUCCGGAAUGUUUUUAAUAGCUUGCUCGUUUACUCGGCUGCGUUCCUGAUCUGCCUUGCGUAAUCUUUGCCCCGAGGCAACUGGACUGAACUGUCGUCGUUCAGGUUACUGUGCUGGUUGUCGUCGAAAAAACUAGCCUGGGGAGACGCUUUCCCCUGUCUGCCUCCGAUCUCGCCACUCUCCCCUCCCCCCUCCUCCCCCGGGCUUGGAGCAUCUAACGAUGCUUUUGCCUCACACUCCUUUUCGCUUCCCUGGAGCGUAUGUAGACCAGAUUUUUUAAGUUCUCUAGAUGAAUAUUGAUGCUCUCGAGUGGGUUUUUUCAUGAGAACUUUACAAACUGAACCGAAUACUUUGAAAGCACGUGUGUACGCUUUUAUUUGUGUGAGGUCUUCCGCUGGCCGUGACCAAAAUUUCCCCCUUUCUGAGUAGGAAUGUCACCCGUGUAUGUGAGAUCCGGGUUGCCAUCACCGGGAUUUGGUGAUUGUAAUGAGAACCAGCUCGUGUGUGGCGCGCGUAGACGACCGUUCGGUUUUGUGCCUGCGCCCGCCUCCGGCUAUCUUAACAGUGUCUUAAAAUCUAAGUACGGUGGGCGAGCGAGGAGGGUAUGCCGACUGUUGUGAAAAUAGGUCGGCUUCCCACAGAAUCUGGAAUUUAAUUGCUGUCGAAGGGAACUGUUGUGUAAUUCGAAGGGAAAAGGAGGGUGCCGCCGUUUCUUAAAGGAAAUUUACACAGUGCUGGGGACUUACCAAUACAGUUGCACAAAAGGACGCUUGUUCGAUUUUUUUGUUUAAAACUCUGCAACUACUUAAGCAUCGGGUUAUUUUGUAAUACUAGUUCCCUGCCGGUAUAAAAAAGUCGCCCACAGUAUACGACAGAAUUUUCGAGGCACUUAAAUAGAGAGGACUGCUCAUUUCUUUAAUUUCGACUUAGUUUGGGCGUCGCUUCGUAAUGGCUCUCAACUGAGAAUCGUCCCAUCUAUUGAUCGCAUUCGCGACAAUCACUUGCCUAUUUUCGGUGCUUGGCAAGAGUAUGGUAUGUAAACCCCUCCUGAAAAGGCUAUAGUUAAAUAAAACCCUCUUGCUAACCAUAGCCAUGCUAGUAAUGGGUAACCUUAGUCCAUAACCCGUUAGCCCUUUAAGGAGAACUCAAACGUAACCUUUAACUCGAUCCAGGCCUUAAGACCCCAACCCUAGCCUCAGCCCCAAAUCUAAACCAUAGCCCAAGCGUGGAAACCCUAGCCUUAGGAAUACCCCAACCCCUAAUGCUAACUCUGACCGUAGCCUUAACACUGAGCUUGAGCUGGAUACGGGCAACUUUAACGAUAAUUAAGGUGAAAAUCCGCGUCUCGCAUAACCCCUUUCGAAACCUAUUGUCAGGCAAACCGUUAUGAACCACACCUACCUAGAUAAGGGGGUUUACAGAUCCUACCCUCGCCCAAUACUUUUGUAGUCAUUUUUCCCAAAGCGAAAGCUUUAUGUGAUUACUUCUUAUUGAAAGCUAGUCUUUGAAGAAGCAAUGGAAAAAGGAGCGGAUAACUUUUCUGGGAGGGAGACGCUCUGCAUGCGUACACGCCCGCUUUAUCAGGUUUAAGCCAGUGCCCCCCGCCAAGAGAGUCACGUGGUAUAUGCACUGAACCGACAUGAAGACCAUAUCGGAUUUUGGCAGGCGCUAUCGGAAUGCGCAGCACAACAAAUGCCAAAAUUCUGGGAUGCGGUGGCAGACCCAGUUACCAGUACACGUCGGGCACAUUGAGACCCCUGCCGCCCCCCAUUCCUUUUUGUUGGUUAAAAUCCUGAUCAUUUGCUGUGUGGACCUGGGGGGUGUGGAGUGGAUGACCGGGUUCGGGCUCGACCGUUCCAUCCACCUGCACCCUCCCCCGCCUCCGGUCUUCUUGACACCGGACUCGGGCGGGGGAGGAGGAAGGAGUGCGGUUGAUGCUGUGCAAGUCUACUACCACUGCAAAUUAAUUCACGCACAAGUCACUGUCCCUGCUCCAUCUUUCUGUAAAGUAUACGGUGAACGCCGUCGGCAACGACGGUCGAACUGUCAGGUUUAAGCCAUGCCAAUUGUAGGGUCUGGAGCGAAGGUCUUCUGUCCCUCAGCGCCUGACUGGAAUAAUUGACUGGCAGCCCGAUUAACCGGAGCUGUUGUUGUCACUACGCAAACGCUUCAUCCGUCGCCACGAAGGUCCUCGUGUACCGGUCAGGUGUUUGGCUGUGCGCGUGGAAGAUGAGCGAAAACUGGCUUCGUUUUCCCACCGCUGACUGAGGACCAUCCUUCGAGUGAAGUAUGCCGACUUCGUCUCAAACUAGGCAGUCUGCACUGCCUGUGACAGCAUAACGAGGAUAUAUCAGGCCAUCCAAGAAAGACGACAGAGAUGGUUGGGUCACGUUCCUCGUUGUCCGCCUCAUGAGCUUAGUGUUGCUGUUCUCGAUCUGGCGCCGUUGUCUAUCGGGAGACCUUGAAGAGGAGUUCAACUCGAAACUUGGCUCGCUAAGACCCAUUGGUGAUUCUUGUGCCAGCGAUGCUCCGUCUCCGUUGCUGGAGGAGAGAAUGACUUGAGCUCCACAGAUCGGCUGCCGCUGACCACCAUGCAUGGAGAAGCCGGCUAGAUGAGACAUGAUCACAACUGGGCCAAGUCGACCAUAACAGCCGAACUGUGGUCGUCCAAAUCUCCGAUUGGGCCUAGCAUCGGGCGACUUGGUGGACGAGCGGUUUCGUGUAGUACCUGAACAGUAAUUUAAAAAUCCUUAUUCCCGCCCCCCCCCUUCCACCUAGAGACGCACUGACUGAAGGCCCAAGGGUGGUGAAACCUCAUUAAACACGGAUAACUUUUGCUAUACGGCAGUACUGUCAUGACUCAUGAGCUUUUUUAUAGAUUUGCUGGUACGUUCCACUACCUGUCGUCGGCCAGCCUGACCGUCACAGGCAACUUGUUCACGAGGUCGAUUCAUCCGUGACUUGUGCAUGUAUAUGUUUAUAUUGGGGUGAACUUGCGCAAGACAACCGUAUGCGGACAUGGGUGCAAUUGCCGGCAAAGCGAAGUACUUUCUCUACGCAUGGUCCUUAACCCACCUUCAUUCAGUGGGCUUUCUGGCCUUACAUAAGUACUGUGGGUAGCAUAUUUUGUAGAGCAUUAGCCGAAAUUCUGAAACGGGAUUUCUGUGAGAAAGGAUGGAUUACUUAGGUGGGUUAUCAUGCAUUACAAUCCCGAGAUGUUUCAGUCACACCCAGAUGCCGUUUUCAAAUGCACGUCCUUCCGGCCGCCCGGAAAAAUUACAUCCGCUAAAAAGUCUACUUUCGCAGUUUUUUCCACAGAAUUUCGAUAUAUUCUAUAGAAUGCAUACACUUGAAUAUCCAUUUUGCUCUUAUUGUGCAGUUGAUUUGGUCUUUCCAUUUUCAAUUCUAGGAAACGGUACCUUUCGCUUGUGGAAAGUUUUUGAAACCGUGCAAUAUCUGUUGAAAUAGCGUGUUUUUUGUACGUAUAAAAUAUAAAACUCAAGCAGGUGACCUAUUUGAUGAAACGUUGGCCGAUAGUCUGAAUACGGCUUCGAGUAGAAGGGAUCACUUGAGCGAAGUUAUAGCAUUGUUUAUCCUUCAGCAUAACCUUAAGAUAUUUCAGUCACGCCAGGAUGCUGGUCUUCAAAUGCGCCUCCCUCCGGCUGUCUGCAAAAGACGCCACAUAUUACGAAUUUAUCCCAAUUAUAGGUGUUAUGACAGAUUUCAAAUAAUUCACUUUGACUCAACUGUGAAAAACUCGGUGCCUUGGUGGGAUUCGAACCCACGACAGCAAGGGAGGGACUUUAUUACAGCCAACGCUCUAAUCAUCUGAGCUACGAGGCCCCGCUGGGCGACGCGAGUUUAAUCACAUUUGGGUCAAGUUUACCCGACCAACUUAUCUCAUUUACUUUCGAAUUAAUUAUAUGUUCAAGUAUACUUUAUAGAAAACACACAAAAUAUCAUUUCUCACACUCGUUUGGUAGCAUAUCACGUCUUCUUCAAAUUUUGUAUCCGAAAAAGAGGUAUUUUUCGGUCUUAAACAGUUUUUGAAUCCUCGCAUAAUUUUGAACCCGACCUGCCCUCUUUUACGGUUUCUAAACAUCAAACUUCAUACACCCGAUAAGCAAAAAAAUAUUUAUUCCUCUACACCUUUUAGAAGAAUUUUGCGGUGUAUUCUUGUCAUAAAAAUCUCACUAUAAACGUGAUUUGCCACCAAAUAAGUGCAAGAAAGGAUAUUUUUUGCAUGUUUUCUAUAAAAUAUAUUUGAAUUCAUAAGUGCACUGGAAACUAAUGUAACAAAUGCGUGCCACGUAAGUAGUCAUUUUCUAGAAAGUGUAGUUUUGGCGGACGACCUUAACUAGGCGCAUUUGAAAGCCAGUGUCCUCGCCUGACUGAAACGUCUUAUGAUUUUGCUGCACGACAAUCAGUCUCACAAUGCAUUUCAACAUUUUGGGUGGCAUUUCAGAAGAUAAGUCACUUUCUUUACGUCAAUGUCAGCCGCACACUUCUAGGAGAUCCAUGUGACAUCUUUUUUAAAACCGUGAGAAUUGUGUGAUUUUCUUCAAGUCAAAAAUGCACAACUUGCAGUUUAGAAUCUUGAAAAGUAACUGCAGCGGUAGGCCGGGUUCGAGAUCAUCCGGCAAUUGGGAAUUCUUAAAAACUGGAAGAUACCAUUUCUAUGUGCAGGAAAUUAAAAAAGGGGAUGUAAUUCACUACAAAAUGAGUAGUACACAGAGGCUUUCUCAGUGUACGAUUUCUAUAUUUGGAUUUAAAAGAAUCGAAAUAUGAUUUAAAAAAUCAUACAACAGUAGGUGGGCUGCCUCAUGAAAUAUGGACCGAAAUUCCGGAAUGCGUUUUCGUCUCGAACAGAUUAAUUAAGUAGCGUUGUAAAACUGAUUAUCACGAAGCAUGAUUCUAUAAUAAUUCAGUUACCUCAGGAUGCCGGCCUUCGAAAAAACUUCUUUCCGACUGCAUGCAAGAACUACACUCUGAGAAAUGACUACUUAAGUAGCAUGCAUUUUUCUCAUUGAUUUUCGAUGCCCUUAAAAAAUUCAAUUAUAUUUCUUGGAAAACAUGCGUAGAAAUAUUCACUCCAUUACUCAUUUGGUAGAGAAUUAUGUCUUCUUCUAAUUUUGUGCUCGAAGGAAAAGUAUUAUUCGGUUUUUAAAAACUUUUCUAAUUCCCGAAUAAUUUUGAACCCGCUCUGCGGUCACACUUGCAUUCAGGGUUUCCAAACUACAAGCCAUAUAUUUUGUGCGUACGGAAAACCACACUUUCUCUACGAUAUUAAGUAGAGACCAUAUGGGGUUCAUAAAAUUUAGCAUUGGAUUUGAUCCGUAUCGUUAAAUUUACAAGCCACAUUGGUAAAUGCAGAGCUAUAGCGUUUUAUGAAUGGCCAUUUUCGGUAUUAAAAAGUCUCACAAUUAGAAACUUUUUUAAAACCGAAUUAUGUCCCUCCUUCGAGUUUAAAAUUGAAAGAAGACGUAAUUUUCUACCGAAUGAGCGAAAGGAUGAAUAUUUUAUACAUGUUUUCCGUAAACUAUAAUUGAACUUUUGCGGGCAUCGAAAGUCAAAGAGAAAACUGCAUACUACUUAAGUAGUCAUUUUUACAGAGUUUAGUUUUUGUAUGCAGCCGGAAGGAAGUUCGUUCGAAAGCCGGCAUCCUGAGGAAACUGAAUUAUUAUGGAAUUAUACUGUAGAAUGAUUAGUUUUACAACCCGACUUAAUCUUUUCGAAACGAAAACGCAUUUCAGAAUUUCAGUUGACAUUUCAUGAGUUAGCCCACCCACUGUACACAAGUACUCAUUUUUAGCGGCUGUAAGUUUUGAGAUCGUCUGGAAAAAAGUACAUUCUAGCGAACCUGAAAUGCCUUGUUGCUUAUGCUGCGUGAAACUGACUAUUACAACCCAACCUAAGUAAACCCUUCUAACCAAAAUCACAUCUCGGAAUUUCGGCCAACAUUCCAAGAUAUAUGUCAACUAUUGUACUACGGAAUACUGAUUAGUUCGAGAUCGUUUGUUUUGUGAAGAAAUACUGGAUUCCCACUCGAAUCCUUCAUCAGGGAUAGGGCCAGACAAGCGUAGUGGAUUUCCCAGGUGCUACAGUAUUUAUAGGAUGUAGUCGCUAGGCCGCUACAUGCCUAUUACAGUUGGCGGCUCCCGAGUGCAUCGCGGCUCGACUGGCCAGGUGUUGAAGUAUGCAUACAUUAAUGAAGUCCACGAGCCAAGCCGAUCGAAGAUAUGAUUAGACGCAGGACUGACUUGGUGCAAGGUCACUGUCUUGCGCGGUAGCAGCCGUGGUGGUGGGUGUGAUGUGAAUGAACUGUCGUCAUCUCGGUCCUCACAACUGUCUGGACCCCUAGACCUGUUCGAUUUUUGGCCCACUGAAGAAUUGCUCUGUUUUCCUCCCUACGCUUUAGGUGGUUUUCACCUGUUGCGUCCUCACGGCGCUCAAGUUUGCCUUCUUAUUCUUCUGCAUCAUCGAACUGACGGUGUGUAUGAAAUGGGACAAGUUGAUGAAUAGCAGUGCCGUCAUCAGCGACUGGAACGAUGUCAUCUCGCCGCCGGCUGUCUGUUGGGCCAGGUUGCCACCACUGGCAGCUAUCUGUCUCGCGGUUGCAGUCAUCGUCUUCGCUGCGCACCUCGUUCGCUCCAGUAUUUUCAUGAUGCAGGUCUGGGGAGUUCGCCGAUUCUGUAGCAUGGUCCUCGACCUGCCCACCGGUGAUGCUGAGCUGGCCGAUAUCACCUGGUCCGAAGUCCUGCAUCGCCUAUUGUCCUGUCAGGACCAGAUGCGACUCUCGCCCUCCAAGCCCCUGCUCGAUGAGCUGGACAUUUACAACAGAAUUUUGCGCCGAACAAACUAUCUCAUCGGUAUGAUCAAUCGGGAGGCGAUUCCCUUCCGAUUUCGAGUACCGAAGUGUCUCUUUCCCAACCACCACUACAUCUACCUGCCGGACUUCUAUCUCCUCAACCUCAACUACCUGUUGUUUUGGGGCCCAAAAUGCCCCUUCGUCACCUAUUGGAAACUGCGGCCUGAGUACAAGUGGCUUACAAAGCGGCAGGAGUUGGCAGACGAGUUGGCCACACAGUCGCGCCUAGCGGGCCUUGUUGGUCUUUGUUUGAGUCCGUUUGUCCUUCUGGUCCAGCUCCUGCUCUUCAUGUGUUCCAACUCGAAACGCCUGCGUUACGAGCCCGCCUCCCUGUUUGGUCGUCGGUGGUCUAACUACGCCCACUACUACCUACGUCACUUCAACGAACUGCAUCAUGAAUUUGUGGUGCGUCUGAAUCAGGCCUACUUGCCGGCACAGCAGUACCUGGACUGUUUCCCCUCGCGUCUGCUCAAUGUGAUUGCAGACAACGUGGUCUUCUGCAUCGGCGGUGUCUCCCUGCUCCUCUUCGCUGCCAGUCUUGUUCGCGAACAGUUGCUCCAUCUGCCGGGUUUCCUGGCUGUGCUGGCUAUCGGCGGUCUGCUGACAAAGGUCUGUGCCAGCCUCCUGCCAGACGAACAGGCGGUGCACUUCCCGCGCGCCAGACUGAUUGAGACGCUGUCACGCAUCCACUACAUGCCCGAUCACUGGAAGGAGCAUGCGCACACCCACCAGGUGCGCUAUGAGUUCUCGGAACUGUUUCAACUGCGGAUUGUGGGCGUUCUGGAGGAACUGGUCUCACCCAUCCUCACUCCUCUCAUCCUACUCUUUUAUCUGCCCAACCACUGUUUGGAGAUAGUUGAUUUUCUGCGCAACUUUACUGUCGAAAUUGCCGGUGUGGGAGACAUCUGCAGCUUCGCACAGUUGGACAUCCAACGCCACGGUCAUCCAGACUGGAGUCCCCACUUCGACGACGACGAUGCUGAUGAUGAUGGCUCACCGCGUCACCACAAACAACAGGCCUAUGGCAGUCCGGCCCUCUCCCCGCAGCAGCCCUCUCCACCCUCUUCGCACGAUGAUGAAGACUCCUAUCGGCAUAUGCCCUCUUUUGGAGGCAAAAUUGAGCUGAGUUUGAUGCACUUUCACAUCACUAAUCCGGGCUGGAACCUGCCUCCUGAUAGUCGCGCCUACCUGGCGGCUGUUCGCAAGCAGGCCCUCAAUGACAUCCAGCGCUACCAACAGGAACAGGUGGAUCUGAUGCUGGGCAUGCAGUCCUCUGUGGAGCACCUACAAACCUCCCUAGAGCGUCCCUUGGCCACCCAAGCAGUUUCCCCACAGACCCUCAGCUUGUACCACUCACUAUAUACAGCAACGCCAGUCGCCGGUGGGCAGGGUAAAUUCCCUGAGACCGGACCCGUCUACUCCUCGGAUUUUUCCACUCAUGUCAAGAAUGUCGCUUACCUCUCUGGUCCUGCCGUUAUGUCUGCCGAGACACUGGGUGUCAGGGGUGCCCUUGUAGAGUCCAUGUAUGGCGGUGUGGAAGCGCCACCUUCGGCGGCCUCAUCGCCUGGUCAGCAGUCGCCUUCAAGACCGGCCGCUCCGAAAACCGUCUCGCAGGGUGACCGACAGCACAAGGGUGUCAAACCUUCGGGCUCGUCGAAGGCCACAGACGGGCGUCUGCCUGAGGCGCCUCAGCCCGUCACUGCUACCGGCCCGACAUCCCACAUGUCCUCGAGCGUUCUUAACAGUCCGCGUCUCCUCUUCCCAUUUCACGCUGGCGGCGUGACUCCAUCGGCCAGCCUGAUGGGUGCCUCUGGUCUCUACAGUGCUGCUGCCCUUCAGUUGCCCUAUCAACCCUACACUUCGCAAAUGGAGGACAGAACCUUCCUCAACAGCACCCUACUGAGUCCAAGCUUUGGCACUAGCAUCUGCCUGCACCCCGGCGCCACCCGAGGUUCAGCCACCGGAAUGACUGAACUGACUGCAGAUAUGGACGCCAGCUCGCUCUACAUCCACGAAUUGCACCAGCGUCGUCGUCAGCAGAAACUAGUCCAAACGCCCUCCCCGUCCAGUUUUGCCGCAAGCGUCGCUUCACAGUCCUACCUACGUCCCCUGCGACACAUUGGUGGACCUCACCGCGGAGACGACAACCAUGCGACCGGCGGUGCUUCCUCCGCCUCGAGGAACCAGGGCUGGGAGCCGGCAGCUGUGAGGAAUCUGGACGCACCUGAUUUGCGCUACCAGCAGCCCGGGGGCAGCUCCGCUCGUGCCAGUCAUUACAUUGGCCCGGCGGGUCGAGGUCGUUCCCUCUUCCACGCCUCCGUGGUCUCACGUCCUGGCGCAGACCCCAGACGCCAGUUUGAGGAGGUCGCCGAAGACCCAGAGGAGGAUGCUGAUGCAGUACAGCAUCAUCAGUCGAGGCAGCGUCCCGGUCCCACCCCAACACCACCGCUAGUCCCACCCUCCUCAACAAGCGGAGAGACGACAGCACGCGGACUGCCGCAAGUAGCUCCGCCCCCACCGCUGACCUUCGAGAUUCCUGAAGCCGGGGAUGACGUCCCCAUUUGGCCCGACCUCCCGCCCCCAACCUGUUAA